UCUCCGCGCUCUAUUCCUAUAUUUCCUAAUACAAAGUCCUUUUAUUCGAAUUUCUUUUUCAGGCUAACCUUUUCAUUUGCAGACUUUCCAAAACCCUACUCACCUCUUCCCUCUUACCACAGAAUAUGGGCGAAACUAAGGACGCCGAUGUUUAUGACGAAGAGCUCGUUGACUACGAAGAAGAAGAAGACAAGGCCAUCGACUCUGUUGGAGCUAAAGUCAAUGGCGAAGCCCCCAAGAAGGGAUAUGUAGGCAUACACAGCUCAGGGUUCAGAGACUUCCUUUUGAAGCCAGAGCUUUUACGAGCUAUUGUUGACUCUGGGUUUGAGCAUCCUUCUGAAGUGCAACAUGAAUGUAUCCCUCAAGCUAUUCUAGGUAUGGAUGUUAUAUGUCAAGCUAAAUCUGGAAUGGGAAAAACUGCUGUUUUUGUUCUGUCAAGUCUGCAGCAGAUUGAUCCCGUGGCUGGCCAAGUUUCUGCCCUUGUUCUCUGUCAUACAAGAGAGUUGGCUUAUCAGAUAUGUCAUGAGUUUGAGAGGUUUAGUACCUACUUGCCUGAUCUCAAGGUUGCGGUCUUUUACGGAGGUGUCAACAUCAAACUCCACAAAGAUCUACUGAAAAAUGAGUGCCCCCAUAUUGUUGUUGGAACUCCUGGAAGAAUAUUAGCACUGACCAGAGAUAAAGAUCUUUCCCUGAAGAAUGUGAGGCAUUUUAUUCUAGAUGAAUGUGACAAGAUGCUUGAAUCACUUGAUAUGAGGAGAGAUGUGCAAGAGAUUUUCAAGAUGACACCUCAUGAUAAGCAAGUCAUGAUGUUUUCUGCAACACUUAGCAAAGAAAUCCGCCCUGUUUGCAAGAAAUUUAUGCAAGAUCCUAUGGAAAUCUACGUUGAUGACGAGGCCAAGUUAACCCUACAUGGGCUUGUACAGCACUACAUCAAGUUGAGCGAGUCGGAGAAAAACCGCAAGUUGAACGACCUCCUUGAUGCUUUGGAUUUCAAUCAAGUUGUUAUUUUUGUUAAAAGUGUGAGCAGAGCUGCUGAGCUGAACAAGUUGCUUGCAGAGUGCAACUUUCCUUCUAUAUGUAUCCAUUCAGGCAUGUCCCAGGAGGAAAGGUUGAAGCGCUAUAAAGGUUUCAAGGAGGGGCAGAAUAGGAUUCUCGUGGCUACAGAUUUGGUUGGUAGAGGAAUUGACAUUGAGCGUGUUAACAUUGUCAUUAACUAUGACAUGCCUGAUUCUGCCGACACCUAUCUACACAGGGUUGGUAGAGCUGGUAGAUUCGGCACGAAAGGGCUUGCCAUCACAUUUGUUUCUUCUGCUGCUGAUUCUGAUGUUCUCAAUGAUGUUCAGGAGAGGUUUGAGGUGGAUAUAAAGGAGCUUCCAGAGCAGAUUGAUACUUCUACAUACAUGCCAUCGUAAAAGGAGGGAGUUUGCUCACUUGGCACGGAAAGCUUCAUCCACCACCCGGAGCAAAGUGCCUUCGUCCUUCAUUCAUCUCCAAACUAAUGUCCAGCUGAAGACUUCAGAUACUCUUCUAUUGUGUACACUUAUUUUUUUAGUUCUUCUCGAUCUUAUUCUAGGUCUUUUACACAUAGCAUCUAUUUAUUAAUGUAUCCUGAUAGAUCCAAUCUUAAAAGUCCUACUCUCCUGUUUGUGUGUUUGAUCAAAAUUAAUUUUGGUUGAUUUUUAUCUUUAUGUUGUAGGAAGGUGAGUUAUUUGAUAACACCAGGUGGUUUAAUCGAUACUGAAGUUUAUAAUUA